CCAAUUCGGUUUUUUUUGGGGGGCUUUGGGGAAGUGGAACCAUGGGUGUGUUUGUCAUUUUUAGCAGUUGUUGGAGUAGGGCCAGAGCUCCAGGAGAUGCUAAAAGUGUCUAGAAUUGUCUGGUUGGCUGUUGGAAUUAACUGUUAAACAAAGCAGCCAGUAACUGAACACAGGGAACCUUCUUGAACCCCAGUUGGGUGGGAGACCUUCCAGUGUGUCUGGCAGCUCUGAACUAGGACAAAAAGGUAGAGAUUCAAACACUGGACUGGUGACAAAGCGUCGAUAAAAGCACUUUCCUCUCCAUCCUUUGUCUGGGAGUCUCGCCUUGUCUUGGGAUCACUUCCUCUGUUUGUCAUUAUACUAUGCACCAGCGCUGUCCUGCCAGGUCAGAUUUACCAGCUAGCGGAUGAGAAACUCAGAGAGGUGUGGGGCUCAUGUUCCUUAAUGAAUUGAAUCUGGCAUUACAGGCUGCCUGAUACACAAAGGGAUUUUGUUUUGUGGAUCGAAAACAGGAAUAAGGAAAGAUAAGUUUUGGAUAUUGACUUAGUUUAUUCACUUAAUUAUUCGUAGGUAAGGAGAUUCUUUGUUGUAGAGAGUUCAGAAGAAGUGCCCGGGUUUAUUAUUUAUGUUUUUCUAAGCCAUUUCAUUUUAUAUGCAUUUCAUACACAUUAAAACCAAUUUUUAAAACACCACUUUCCUUGGCACGCUCCAUUUUGAAGUAUAUCCCUUCACAGUCAUGGAGCACCUUGCCAAUACCAUCUUUUAAAAAAAAAUUUUUCCUGCUGAGCAGUCUGGGGAAGAAAAAAAAAUAAAAAACAAUUUUUUUUUGCUUUUCUUUGACUUUUUAAUUGCUUUUACUUUGUUUUGUUUUUGAGACAGGGUCUUACUGUGUCACCCAGGCUGAAUGCAAUGGCGCAAUAACAGUUCACUGCAGCCUCAACCUACCAGGCUCAAGCCACCCUCCCAUCUCAGCUUCCUGAGUAGUGGAACUAUAGGCUCAGACUACCACACUCAGCUAAUUUGUUAUUUUUGUGUAAAGGUGGGGUCUCACUAUGUUGCCCAGGCUUUGCUUUUCUUUUUUUACACAACACAAGUAUAGGCAGUACCGUCUUAAUUAUCACCCACUAGGACUGACAACACAUUGAUUAUCACAAGAAGAACACAUGGGUUUAGAUCGUGAUGUUAGUCGUGGAACUAAAAACUAGCAUUGGCAUUAUAUUUAUUUCCCAUAGAAACAGCAGAAGCAGGCCAGGCGUGAUGACUCACGCCUGUAAUCCCAGCACUCUGGGAGGCCGAGGCAGAUGGAUCAUGAGGUCAGGAGUUCGAGACCAGCCUGGCCAACAUGGUCCUCAGCCAGCAGAGCCACGUUCCUUAUGAGCACCGCAGGUUUAUUUCAUUUUCCUAGACCACUGACCCGAAUAUGCCCAGCGCCAUGGGGACUCCGGCUUUGGGAGAAGCUGAGGUUGUUAUCCCCAGGAAUAGCUGUCAUUCCAGUCCAGAUUGCAGGCAAGAAGGACUAUCCUGCACUGCUCUCCCUGGAUGAGAAUGAACUCGAAGAGCAGUUUGUGAAAGGACACGGUCCAGGGGGCCAAGCAACCAACAAAACCAGCAACUGUGUGGUACUAAAGCACAUCCCCUCAGGCAUCGUCGUAAAGUGCCAUCAGACAAGAUCGGUUGAUCAAAACAGAAAGCUAGCUCGGAAAAUCCUGCAAGAGAAAGUGGAUAUUUUCUACAAUGGUGAAAACAGUUCUGUUCACAAAGAAAAACAAGAAGCAGCGAAGAAAAAGCAAGAAAAAAAAAAAAGAGCAAAGGAAACCUUGGAAAAAAAGAAGCUACUGAAAGAACUAUGGGAAUCAAGUAAAAAGGAAGAUAACAAAGUUAUUUAAGUGGUACACCUUAAACUACAGUGAACAGAGACCUCCACGAUUCAAGAAUAAAACGGCCAGGUGCAGUGGCUCACACCUGUAAUCCCAGCACUUUGGGUGGCUGAGGCAGGCAGAUCACUUGAGGUCAGGAGUUCUAGAUCAGCCUGGCCAACAUGAUGAAACCCCAUCUCUACUAAAAAGUACAAAAAAUUAGCCAGGUGUGGUGGCAGGCACCUAUAAUCCCAGCUACUCAGGAGGCUGAGGCAGGAGAACUGUUUGAACCUGGGAGGCAGAGGUUGCAGUGAGCUGAGGUCGCGCCACUGCACCCAAGCCUGGGCAAUACCAAGGCAACACCGAGACUCCAUCUCUUAAGAAUGAAAACUAGGUUGAGCACAAUGACACAUGCCUAUAAUCCCAGCAUUUUGGGAGGCUGAGGCAGGAGAAUCGCGUGAGCCCAAGAGCUCGAGAUUACAGUUUGCUGUGAGCACCACUGCACUCCAGCCUGUGUGACAGAGUAAGACCAUGUCUCUAAAAAAUAAAACUAUAGAGGGAGGAGGAAGUGGUGAAAAAAAUAAAUAAAACUAUAAAGAAACACAAAAUCAGUACUACACAAAGAUAGGCACUUGGAGGGGCUCUGGGAUGCCUGACGAAGUUGUUUCUUCCCCUGGGUGGUAGUUAGAAGUGUGUUCCCAUAUUUCUUUUAUUUUUAAGAGACGGGGUUUCACCAUGUUAGCCAGGAUAGUCUCCAUCUCUUAACCUUGUGAUCCUCCCACUUUGGCCUCCCAAAGUGCUGGGAUUACAGGUGUGAGCCACUUCACCCAGCCUGUUCCCAUAUUUCAAGUUAUACCUUUGUCUGUGUGAUUAUAUCUGUUUUGUAAUAAAAUUUUUUUGAGAUUCAUAAGGUCAAUUUUUAUGGAGAACUGGAGAAUUGAGUCAAACAUUAAUAGCAUUUGGUGGCAAUUUAUCAUCUGCUGGGAGGCCACUGCCCACUGACACUUAAACAUCAGUUAUCCCGAUGUCAGCUCAAGACAGUUAAAGAGAACUAGAUGGUUGGAAGGGUUAAAGGUUAUGUUCCUUGCCCAUGUGCUCCAUUAGCUUCUAGGCUGUAUGUUGCCCAGUUGUGCCUCUGAUGUAGAAACACAUUCCCUGCACAUUGGUUUGCAGGUAGAUUUGUAAAGGUGAGGUUCCAGAAUCCAAUUUGCUUGUGAAUUUGCAUCACUCAAGCUGGAUUUGACCUUAAAGUUGUGGUUUGUUUUUUUUUUUUUGAGACGGAGUUUUGUUCUUUUUACCCAGGCUGGAGUGCAAUGGCGCGAUCUCGGCUCAUCGCAAUCUCCGCUUCCUGGGUUCAGGCAAUUCUCAGCCUCCUGAGUAGCUGGGAUUACAGGCACACACCACCAUGCCCAGCUAAUUUUUCGUAUUUUUAAUAGAGACGGGGUUUCACCACGUUGACCAGGAUGGUCUCGAUCUCUUGACCUUGUGAUCCACCCACCUUGGCCUCCCAAAGUGCUGGGAUUACAGGCGUGAGCCACCGCGCCCAGCUUUUUUUUGUUUUUUUUUUUUAGCCAUGCUUAAUAGCUUGGCUUGUUAGAACUCUUCUGGAAUCCACGUAGAAAACAAAUGGAAAAAUACUAGGAGUUGAGAAGACCACUGUGAGAUUGCCAGUCGCAGGGCCUGCCUCAGUUCUGCAGUCCAUCCAGCAGACCCAGGCUGCAUGCCCAGUGCAUACAUCCAAGUACACCUUUCUCUUUGAGGCUGCCAAUGAAGACUCUUGCCUCAAAGUGACAGCUUUGGAUGCUUACAUGUUCAAUGCAGGACUCAUUCUGCACCUCCUGUUGGAGUGUCCAGGACCUUUCCCCAGCCUAAACUCCCUUUAGAAGAUAAAAUCUCUAGAAUGACACAUAAGAAACCAGUAAUAGUGGGAAGGGAAAUUUGGAGCUGGAGACAAGGGACAGUGGUUUCCGUUUGUCUCCUCUCUCAUACCCUUGCACCUUUCUGCCACAGGCAGGAACGGAUGCAGGCACCCAUUGCCCUAGAGCCCGUUCCUACUGGCCUCCAGCCUUGUCAUGGCUGAGACUUCGCCUCAUGCCUGCAUCAAAGACAAGUCCCUCAUUUGCCUUUGUCUACUGCUCAGCAAAUUCUCACUGCACAUCUAGUGCCUAAGGUAUAGAAUAAGAAUUAAAAUCCCUUUGGGAGGCACUAUCAGAGACCACCAUGUGGAUUCUCCAGUGCAGCCGAUUUUUUCCCUGGCACCAGAGCAGGUAAUUCUUCCAGUGAGCAACAGAUGAAGUAGCUUGAAUUUAGAGGUCAUAUUUUAUGAAAGACUCCUGUAGCACCCAGCAAAAGCUCACAGGAUAAGUACCUAUGAACUGAGAACGGCCUAACCAUGGGGUAAUAGGCCAAGUCAAUAAAACUGCUUCAGGCCAGGUGCAGUGGUUCAUGCCUAUAACCCAGCACUUGGGAGGCCAAGGCGGGUGGGUCACCCGAGGUCAGGAGUUCGAGACCAGCCUGACCAACAUGGAAAAAGCCCAUCUCUAUUUUAAAAAAUGAAAAUUAGCUAGGUAUGGUGGCACACACAUGUAAUCCCAGCCUAUUCGGAAGGCUGAGACAGAUAAAUUGCUUGAACCUGGGAGGCAAAGGUUGCAGUGAAUCAACAUCAAGCCACUGCACUCCAGCCUGGGUGACAGAGGGAGACUCCAUCUUAAAAAAAAGAAAAACUGCUUCUGGUAUUUUUUUUUCCUAGCAUACACUUAAGUUUGCUGCACUUAAAAUAUACCCAUAAUUCAACUUCACUGUAUCCCUACCUCCGACUUAGCAAACACAUUCUUCCCCAACCAAGUGUGCUAGUGAUGUCAUCACCAAAAUGUUUCCGGGUCAGGAGGGAAAAAUACCCUUUGAACAGGUAUCUCCUACCUCUAAUGAGACAUUAUUUAAAAGACCAGGCAUGGUGGCUCACACCUAUAAUCCCCAUACUUUGAGAGGCCAAGGUGGAAGCCUAGACAAUAUAGUGAGACCUCAUUUUUACAAAAAGGUUUUUUUUUUUUUUUCCCCACACACCCAUUCAUUCAAUACAGAAAGUCUUUUAAAAACUAUUCAGGCGUAGUGGAACACACCUGUAGUUCCAGCCACUAGGGAGGCUGAGGUGGGAGGACUGCUUGAGCCCGGGAGGUUGAAACUGCAGUGAACCAAGACUACAUUACUGCACUCCAGUCUGGGUGGCAGAGCAAAACCCUGUCUCAAAAAAAUAAAACAGCACUUAAGAAUUGCAGGAACUCACAUUUUAAUACAAAUUGUUAAUGAAAAUAAGCUUUAUUACAUCAAGUAAUAAAUACAUACAAAGAUGCAAACAGUUUUAGUCAUUUUCUUCCAGAUGUUUUGAUCAACUUACAAUAAACGAGGAACUGAGAUCUACUUACAGUCUUAGUAUGAAAAUGUUCAGGGGUCCCUGUUGGGUUUGGUGGGUUGCUCUUUCUUCUGUAUUUAGAACUUGUGCAUUUUUAAAAACUGACUUUGAAGCACUAACAGUCAUGCAAAUGCUUAAGCGAAAAAGAAGUUACAUUCAGCAGAAUCUACACUGUAUGGCAAAUGGGAACAGCUACUAAGUAAAGCGGGCUGUCAAUAUGCAUUAAAAACAAAACCCCUAGGGUGGUAUUAGCUUAUGAAAAGGAACAGAGAACACUGUGAGUAACAAGUGGAUUCAAAAGAGAAGAUUAGAGGGAGACAAUGGUGUCUUGGAGGCAAACUAGUUUGCUGUAAGAUAACUUUAGAAGCAUCUUUUAAAUCAAUGCUUAAAAA